CAUGGAAAACAACUGACUCAGCUGUGCUGCUAUUAAAAGAGCUCAAAUCCUGAAGUAUUGCUGUGGCAGAGCGUCAUGUCGGAGGAGCUCUGCUGAGGCGAGCAGCUCCAGCUCCUCAGGACGGGAAUUAAAGCUUACUACCUGCAGAGGCCCGAGAAGCAAAUAAUAAGAACACAUAGUUAAUAAUUAAAAAUGGUUGUAGAUGGUGAGAUGGAGUCCAAUGUAACAGAGCCAGAGAGCUUCUGGGAUUACCUCCAGGAGAUGGACCCUGUAUGGACCACCACCGUCCUCCUGGUGCCCUUCGUGGUCGUGCUGACGGCUGGGUUUUUCUACCUCUACGGUGUGAUUGCCGGGCUGCUGUCCAAAACAUCUGUACGCAACAAGGUGGUGGUGAUAACUGACGCUUUAUCUGGGCUCGGAAAAGAAUGUGCAGGUCUGUUUCACAAAGGAGGAGCGAGGUUGAUCCUCUGUGGGAAAAGCUGGGAGAAACUGGAGGAACUUGUGGAUGAUCUGGCGAAUGCAUCCGAUCCCACAGUUACGUUUCCUCCAAAGCUGGUGCUGCUGGAUUUUGGCGACAUGGACAGCAUGCCUGAGGCCAUCGCAGAGAUCCUCGAGUGUUACGGUUGCCUGGAUAUUCUCAUCUUCAACAGCAGCAUGAAGGUCAAAGCUCCUGCACAGACUGUGUCUCUGGAGAUGGACAAGCUGCUCAUGGACAACAACUACUUUGGGCCCGUCACACUGGCUAAAGGUGUGCUGCCCUCCAUGAUCUCCAGGAGAAGUGGUCACCUGCUGCUGGUCAACAGCAUCCAGGGGAAAAUAGCCGUUCCUUUUAGAACUGCAUAUGCAGCCUCCAAACAUGCAGUUCAGGCCUUCUUCGACUGUCUGAGAGCUGAAGUAGAAGAAUACGGCAUCUCUGUCAGCACCAUCAACCACACCUUCAUCAGCCGCUCAGCAUCUGAAGCCUCACAGUCCUCCAGGUCCAUCUGGUCAUUGUUGUACACCAAGAAGCCCCUCGGUGUUUCUCCGGAUGAGGCCGCCACUGAGAUUGUGAAGACUUUAAACAACAAGAGGAAGGAGGUGGUCAUUGCUCCAUCGCUCCCCAAGGUGGCCAUUUAUGCCAGAUCCUUCUUCCCCAACGUGUUCUUUGCCGUGAUGGCUGCAGGAGUGAACAACGCCGCUGCCGCUGAGAAAAUAUAGAGAAGCUAUUUCAGUGAUUAUCUGUUGUUUCUGUGCAAACCUGGGCUAUCUGCAGGACAAGGGGGGCCCAGAAACAGAUUCAUUAAUUGUUGAUUUGCUGUAAACUGGUUGGAAAUUUGCUUCGCUGAAAACCCUCCAUCUCAUUUCUCUCUUAUAGGGAUUAAACCAGAAUUAUUUCAGUUACAAAGUCAUGCUUUAUGAAUAUUAUUUUAGUCUCCCUAUUUCUAACACACAGAAAAUCUCCAUUCUCCAUCACAAUCAUAAAGCGUUUUCAUUUAAUCAAGUACUGUGAGGAACCAGCUAUGAUUUCUCUAAUAAUCCACUGAUUGUCAUAACCCAAAGAUGUUGAUUUCACCAUCACAGAAAACUGGGAAACUGGAAAAUAUUUACAUUUAAACAAGUUUUAAAAAGUUUUUUUUUUUUUUUUUUUUGCUGUUGUCAUUUUUGCUUGAAAAACUAUCAUUUCAUUCUCAAGUCAUUUAUUGAACAAAUGAUGCUGACAUCUGUAGCUGUGUGUUUUUGUCUCAAUAAAUCUUUUGUGAGUGUGAACUGCAUUGUAUUAUCAGGAAAUGUCGUCUUAAACUUGAACUUGUGUAAAGUGAUCAUUUUUGUUUCAAAAAACAGGUUUGCCCAAAUAAAUAAAAAGAAGCCUUAGUUGCAAACACUCAUAAUAUAAUACCAUUAAACAUAAUUUUUCUACAGCUUACCUCUUAGGAAUUUUUUUCUUUAUAUUUUAGAAUUUAAUACACAAAGAUGAUGCAGAAUUUGCAUGAAAAGGUGAAUUAUAAUAUAAGAAAAUGUUGCAUCUGUUCUUGUAUUUGUGGACUCUACAUUUAGAUACAAAUAAAAGUAUUAUUGUGGCUUUUAAAAAAGAAA